AUGAUUGAUAAAGUACUAUUUUGGAAUAUAAGAUUAGUCAACACUCAAAAUUCUUUUGAGAGGUUAAUUGAGCUUAAUAGGAGGCAUCACUACUCACUCAUAGCACUUAUGGAACCUUUCCAUGGGUCUGAUGAAGUUGAAAGUUAUAGGAGAAGGUUAGGAAUCCAUAAUUCAAUGGUUAAUAUGUCAGAGAAGAUUUGGAUUUUUUUGACUGAUGAUUGGCAAGCUCAGGUUAUUAUGGAUUCAGUGCAGCAUGUGACUCUUAAAAUGACUCAUGUCAACUUGCAGCAAGAAACUUUUGUCACUAUUGUCUAUGCUAAAUGUACUACUAUAGAAAGGUUGGAGUUGUGGGAUUCAAUUGCCCAAGCUACACUGAACAUUCAAGGACCAUGGAUAAUAGGGAAAAACUUUAAUGUAAUUCUAAGACCUAAUGAGAAAGUAGGGGUUCUUCUUGUUCAUCUGUCUGAAACUGCUGACUUUGCUCACUUUGUUAAUAACUGUGGUCUGAUGGAAUUGAAAUACUCUGGUAGUAGAUAUACUUGGUGGAAUGGCAGAACUGAAGAGGAUUGCAUUUUCAAAAGACUUGAUAGAGUAUUUGGAAAUCAGGAGUUCAUGGAUCUUUUCCCAUCAUCUGAAGUCCCACAUCUUAUAAGGCAUGGAUUUGAUCAUGCCCAUUUCCAUGUUGUGUGUGAUACACAAGAGGAGGUGGUUGUUAAGCCUUUUAAGUUCCUAAAUUUUUGGUCUCAACAUCCAAAAAUUUUGGACUUGGUUCAAGACAACUAG